AUGACAAAUAAUCAACUGUUUUCAUGGCCCUUCAUUUUCUCUAUCCUAGUCACCCUUUGUACUUUCCUAGUUUCUGGUGAUCAGUGUCUUGGCUCUCAGCAAUCUUUGUUGCUCCAACUGAAGAACAGCCUAGAUUUCGGGAGUUUUUCCUCUGAGAAGCUCGUGAAUUGGAACGAAAGUUCUGAUUGCUGUUCCUGGGAACGUGUAACUUGCGAAGAGGGUCGUGUCACACGUCUCAACUUAAGUGGCGAGGCAAUCUCUGGCGGGCUUGACAAUUCAAGCACUCUCUUCAAUCUCCAACAUCUCAAGAGCCUUGAUCUGUCUGAUAACGCCUUUAACUCUACAAUUCCCUCAAGGAUUGGUAACCUUACAAAUUUGAGGCAUCUGAAUCUAGCAGAAGCAGGCUUUGUGGGGCAAAUACCAACUGAGAUUUCCCACCUAAGAAGCUUGGUCACUCUUGAUUUAUCAAAUUCGAGGCUUGAGAUCCCAAAUUUGAGUGUUUUGGUUCAGAACCUGUCAAAGCUUCAAGAAAUACAUCUUGAUGGUGUAAACAUAUCAGCACAUGGAAACAGGUGGUGCCAAGCAUUGUCAUCCUCACUGCCUAAUCUGCGAGUAUUGAGCUUAUCCGAUGGAUAUGUUCCUGGCCCACUGGAUGAGUCGCUUGUGGAGCUUCAAUCAUUGUCGGUCAUUGAUUUGGAAGGUACCAAUUUGUCUUCUCCAGUUCCAGAGUCCUUUGCCAAAUUCUCAAAUUUGACCGUGUUGAAUCUUCGUAACUGCGAGUUGCAUGGAACAUUUCCUAGCGGCAUCUUCCAGGUACCAACACUACAGAUUCUUGACAUAUCAUCCAAUGAAUUUCUCGAGGGUACUGUGCCAGAGUUUCAAAUAAAUAAUUCUCUUCAAGAAUUACAUCUCUCUUCCACUAAGUUUUCAGGGAAGUUACCAGCUUCUCUUGGUAACCUUUGGAACUUGUCCACAUUAGACCUUUCCAAGUGCCAAUUUAACGGCAUACUUCCAACUUCCAUGUCAAACCUCACCGAAGUCGCCCAUAUUGAUCUAUCUUUUAAUAAUUUUAGUGGCCUAGUCCCAUCUUUUAGUUUGUCCAUGAAACUUGUCCAGAUAGAUCUCUCUCAUAAUUAUUUAACUGCUGAGAUACCAUUAGAUCUGUUUGUACUUCCAUGUUUAGAAACGAUUCAGUUGUCCAACAACCAAUUUAGUGGCCUCAUUCCUGAGUUUAAAACGACAUCUUCUUCAUUAUUGGAUACCCUAGAUUUGAGUCACAACAAACUAGAGGGGCUGCUUCCAACAUCAAUCUGCAAACUUGGCAAUCUAACCAGCCUAUAUUUGUCUUACAACAAGUUCAAUGGAACCAAACAGCAGAAUAUGUUUCGAGGAUGUUCCAACCUUGAUACUCUCGAUCUUUCAUAUAACAACCUGAAUUCGUUUCCUGAUUUAAAGAAUAUGUCAUGGUUGAGAGAUUUGAGUUUUUCCAAUAACCAGAUUUCAGGACAGAUUCCUAAAUGGAUUUGGAAAGUUGGGGAUGGGAAACUUGCAAAUCUAAAUCUUUCAUGUAAUUACCUGGUAGGCAUGCAGGAACCUUUUGUUUUCCCAGAAAAUCUUGCAACCCUUGACUUACACUUUAACAAGUUACAAGGAAACAUCCCUGUUCUUCCAAAAUAUCUUAAGGUUGUAGAUUUGUCUAGCAAUAAGCUAACUUCCUUUCCAUAUGAUAAUUUUGAUAACGAUACAGAGAUUACUUUCUUCUCCCUCUCAAACAAUAGCCUUACAGGAGUUAUACCUGAACGCAUAUGUGCCCCUGGAAACAUUUUGAUUCUUGAUCUGUCGCACAACAAUUUAAGUGGUAAAAUACCAACAUGUUUAAUUGAAACUAGUGGUUCGCGUCAUAUGUUGAAUUUGCGGAAGAACAACUUGGAAGGCCCAAUUCCUGAUGUGUUCCCAUCGGGAUGUACAUUAACGGCACUAGAUCUCAAUGGCAAUUUCAUCGAAGGGAAGAUUCCAAAAUCUCUGGCCAAUUGCUCUGCAUUGGAGUUUUUGGACCUUGGGCACAAUGAACUCGUUGGCAAAUUUCCCUGCUUGUUGAAGAAUAUAUCCGACUUGCUCAUCCUUAUUCUUCGAUCAAACAAGUUGUAUGGUAGCAUUGAGUGUCCAAAUGCUGAUGGAAGCUGGCCGAUGCUUCACAUAUUUGACGCAGCUGACAAUAAUUUUAGUGGAGAAUUACCAAGGCGGUGGUUAACGAAUUUGCAGGGAAUGGCAGUUAAAAAUGGUGACUCCCAUGUCGAGGUUCUACGCUCGGGUGGUUUAAUGAGAAUGGUAAUGAAUCCUAAGUCUCAUGCUCGUAACGUUUAUCCUCGUAACCUUUAUUCUCGUAACGCUUUUUCUCGUGAACGUGAACGGAGCUUUUCCAGAGAUUAUCCUCACGUAACUUAUGAGUAUACAGCGACAGUGACCAUCAAAGGGUUGGAGCAGGAGCUGCCAAAGAUCUUAGAUAUUUUCACUUGCAUUGAUCUUUCCAUUAACAGUUUCCAUGGACAAAUACCGGAAGAAUUAGGACAACUCCACGCACUUUAUAUCCUCAACUUGUCCCAUAAUGCUCUCAUAGGUCAUAUCCCUUCUUCGAUAGGGAACUUGCGAAAUCUGGAGUCCUUGGACCUCUCGUGGAACAACCUCAAUGGAACAAUUCCAACGCAACUCCAGAGCCUCAAUUUCCUCCAAGUUUUGAACCUCUCAUUCAACCAACUGGUUGGAAUGAUUCCAACGGGCAAUCAAAUUCAGACAUUGCCAGAAGAUUCCUUCAUAGGAAACAAAGGACUAUGCGGAUUCCCUUUGAAGAAUUGCUCAGACAAAGUGGCACCAAAUGCAACAAAAAACAAUCAUUCAAAUUCUGGGAGAAAGAUUGAUUGGAAUUUGGUAAGUGCUGAAAUUGGACUCUUGACUGGGUUCGGAGCAGUUGUUGCACCGAUCGUGUUUUCUCGAAGAUGGAGGAUAUGGUACUACGAACGUGUUGAUGAUAUCAUUUCCAAGAUCUUUCCAUUAGCUAUAUCGAGGAAGUGGUUUAUGUGGACGGAUAUUUAA